CAGGCCUAAGUCAAGAUUGAUAAAUAAAAAAAUAAAGUGUUGUAAAUUUUAGAUGAAGUGACUCUUCUUUUUCCAAACCCAUGUCUUUUCGUCUCUUUGCUACUCCUCUGUUAAAGCAAUCUUGUUUGAGUCAUUCGCUUAACAAGAGUCUAAGAGUAAAGCAUGUUGUGCCUUCAUUUGUAUUUCAAAAGCAUCAACAUCAAUGUACAACUGUAGAGAAGAAGAAAGAGCGCAUUGUGUACCAUAACUGGCUUGAUCAUUUACCUGCUAAAAUAGCCCCUUAUGCAUUUUUAACUCGUAUUGACAAGCCUAUUGGUACCUGGUUACUAUUUUGGCCUUGUGCCUGGAGUAUCUCAAUGGCAUCGUAUCAUAUGGAUGGAUCUGCUCUCGAUGCAGCUAAAAUGAUGGCUUUGUUUGGCACAGGUGCCUUAAUUAUGCGUGGUGCAGGAUGUACUAUUAAUGAUUUAUGGGACAGAGACAUUGACGACAAAGUAGAGAGAACCAAGAUUCGACCGAUCACUUCAGGUGUCAUUCGUCCUUCACAAGCCAUUGCUUUCCUUGGCCUUCAAUUGUCUGCUGGUUUAGCUGUAUUGACCCAACUCAACAUGUACAGCAUUGCAUUAGGAGCUAGCUCUCUUUCCUUGGUUGUCACGUAUCCCUUAAUGAAGCGUAUCACGUAUUGGCCACAAACUGUCCUUGGUCUUGCUUUUAAUUGGGGUGCUCUCUUGGGUUGGUCUGCCAUGAUAGGUUCAUUGGAUUUAGCUGUUGUGGGCCCUCUUUAUGUUGGUGGUGUCUGUUGGACAUUGGUCUAUGACACCAUCUAUGCGCAUCAAGACAAAAAAGACGAUGUCAAAGUAGGUGUCAAGUCAACUGCUUUACGAUUUGGGCAAAAGACACCUGAAUGGCUUGCUGGAUUUUCAUCCGUGUUUGUAGGCAUGACCGCUUUAUCUGGUUAUAUGAAUGAUCAGGGAUUACCCUUUUAUGCCAUCAGUGUGAUGGGUACAGCUGCUCAUUUAGCUUGGCAAUUAAGGACUGUGAAUUACAAUAGCCCUGCUAGUUGUUGGUCCAAAUUCAAGAGUAAUACUUGGACAGGGGCUAUUUUAUGGUCUGGUAUUGUAGCAGAUGCUGCUCUUUGUUAGAAAUGAUAAUAAAAAAAAGUUUA